CACAAGUGGAGGAGGAGGUGGUGGAGGUGGUGGAGGUGCGGAGAGCAGCAGUGGUGGUGGUGGUGGUGGUGGUGGUGUCCCUGGGGUAGUGCUUCGCGGAGGAGCAACCACCACCGCGAUGUACCGAAGAAUCCGCUCGUGGGUUCUUGAUGAGCACGAAGAAAUCCUAUUCCGCUCGCACCCUGUGAUGAAGAAGGUGGAGAACGUGCGUCUCCUCGACCGGUUCAGCAGCAAGCGGUCCACGGGCACCCUCUACCUGACGGCCACGCACCUCAUCUUCGUGGACCCGGACGCUAAGAAGGAGACAUGGAUCCUACACAUGCACAUCAGUAGCGUGGAUAAGCUGCCGCUCUCCACACAAGGCUCUCCGCUCCAGGUGCGCUGCAAGACUUUCCUGGCUGUCACCUUCGUCAUCCCAAAGGAGCGAGACUGCCACGAUAUCUAUACCUCGCUCCUGCAACUCUCCCAGCCCGUACACCUGGAAGACCUGUACUGCUUCCACUACACGGCCAGCAGCGAUGACCUGGACAAGCGCAGCGGCUGGGACCUGUACAACCCCGCGGCCGAGUACCACCGCAUGGGCGUACCUUGCGAGACCUGGACCCCUACCACCCUCAACCACAACUAUGAGAUCUGCGACACCUACCCCCAGGAGCUGUACGUCCCUGCCUCGGCCCCUACCAAGGUCAUCCUCAGCAGCUCGAAGUUCAGGAGCAAAGGUCGAUUCCCGGUGCUCUCAUACCUGCACAAGAACCAGGCCGCCCUGUGCCGAUCCUCCCAGCCGCUGUCAGGGUUCAGCGCUCGGUGUGAGGAGGACGAGCAGCUUCUGGACUGCAUCCUGCGCUCCAACCCCAACACGUCGCAUAUGAUUGUGGUGGACACGCGGCCUAAGAUCAAUGCCAUGGCUAACCGGGCAGCAGGCAAAGGCUACGAGAACGAGGCGUACUACGAAAACAUCAAAUUCCACUUCUCGGGCAUUGAAAACAUCCAUGUCAUGAGAGCAUCCCUGGCCAAGCAGAUUGAAACGUGCCAGUUGGUGCCGCCCUCCAUGAACGGCUUCAUCAGCGGCGUGGAGUCCUCGGGCUGGCUGAAGCACGUGCGCUCAGUGAUGGACACGGCGGUGUUCAUCACGGCCGCCAUGAUGGAGGGCGUCAGCGUGUUGGUCCACUGCUCCGACGGGUGGGACCGGACCGCUCAGACCUGCGCCCUCGCCCAGCUGCUCCUUGACCCUUACUACCGCACCAUCCAGGGCUUCCAGACCCUGAUAGAGAAGGAGUGGCUGGCGUUUGGGCACAAGUUCACGGAUCGCUGCGGACACAUUCAGGGUGACUCCAAGGAGGUGUCACCCAUCUUUACGCAGUUCAUUGAUUGCGUGUGGCAGCUCCAGCAGAUGCUCCCCUCGGCGUUUGAGUUCAACGAGCGUUACCUCCUAGUCCUGCACGACCAUGUCUUCUCCUGCCAGUUCGGGACCUUCAUCGGCAACUGUCAGAAGGAUAGAGUGGACUUGAGGUUAGCCGAGAGAUCCUACUCUCUGUGGGGCUUCAUCAGGAACCACGUGACGGAAUACAGGAACCCACUGUACCGCCGAGACUCAACCACUGACGUCCUGCGCCUCACACUGAGUCCCCAGAGUGUAAAGUUCUGGCGAGGGAUGUACAACCGCUUUGAGAACGGCAUCCACCCCCGGGAGCCCAUGGGGGACCUGCUGGCGGCCACCACGGAGCACACGCAGUCCCUCAACGACCAGGCCGACUACCUCACCAAGCGCAUCACGUGGCUCAAGAACGAGCUGGAGCGGCGGGGACGCAACGCCCCCAAGAAGGCGGCUGACGCGCUGUGUGACAACCGUAUCCUGGACGAGGCGCAGCAGGUGGGGGGCAGGGCACCGCACGCUGACAACGGCAAUAACGAGGGCAAAGUGGAGAGCCUGGGUGUGCUGGGGAUGCAGGAGAUUGAGGAGUCCCUGGUGUCGGUGGGCGCCCUGACAGCCACACACGAGACGGACCCGGACGUCACCUCGGAUAAGAUCGCCCCGGACGCAAACUUCAUCAACCCUUCGCAGCUGAUCCCCGGCAGCGGCAAGAAGCUCAUGAACCAGCUGCUGUCCCACCAAGCAGUGCGGUCCGUGUCCUCCGAGCUGUCCUCCGUCUCCCUCGACUGGAAGACCUUCAGGAAUGUCAAGGAGUGUUCCUGCUCCACGCCCUUUGACCACUUCAGCCGUAAGCACCACUGUUGGCGUUGCGGGGAGGUGUUCUGCACACGUUGCAUCGACAAGAAGACAGCGCUGCCCGGCCAUCUCAGUCAGCAGCCCGUGCCUGUCUGUCGCCCAUGCUACAAAGAUGUGACACGUUCCCUCUCGGUCGAUACGCCAUAGUCACACAGAUCUGGGUCGAGGCAUGACGUUGCACUAUGGCGGGGGUGACUAUACUUAUUCAGUCAAGCAGUGAGCAUGUCAGUGAGUCAGUUAUCCUCCUCCAAGGUGUUGAGUAAGAAUGAGGUCAUGCUAGGGAAGGGUGUUGGCAUGUCAGGACACCCAGUCACUGAUUCACUCGGCCAGUCAGUCAUUCAGGCCAGAGUGUGUAGCUUGGGUGUAGGUGCGAGGGCGGGUAUUUAGUGAUAUUGGGUCUUCAUCCUUCUUGUUGGUGUUGUGUGGCGAUAUGAUCAGGCCAAGCGAGGGAGUGAAGUGGUGUGGGAGUGUGGGUUGAACUUCUGUAUCAUUCACUCAGUCAGUCGGUCAGUUAGAUGGUGCACUGCUUUGUUUCUUCUUACUCAAUAUGGAAAGUGAAUGGGUUGCUCUGAUUGGCUCUUGUGAAGGGAGUGGGUGUGUUGAUAUCAUCCCUGUAUCA